GCAAAAGAGCGAUGUCAGUCUCAAAGGAAGUGACGGAGUUGGUCGAGUUCCUAUCGAACCCCCGCGCAGACGUGCGGCAAUCUGCGAUCCAGCUGACUGUCGGCCUCACGGGCACGGACUCUGGCAUUCAGCAGCUCAUCAAGGCGGAUGCAGUGAAGGCGCUAUGCCGACUCAUCGGCGACAUGAACGCAAUUGCGCGCGACGCCAUCCAUGCGCUGGUCAACAUCACGGCCACGCACCAUGGAGCGUGUGAGAAUGCUCUAAAGCACGACAUUGUCAACCGGUUGAUGAAUCAAUUGGAUUCCGACUUCCAACACAAAGACCUCUCCGUGAUGCUGCUUGCGAACGUCACCACGACGCCGGAAGGUGCAAAGGCCUUGGUGAUAAAUGACGCUAAGUACAGCGUGCGCGAGGUCAUCUUGCAAAACCUGACGGUCCGAUUCCUCGAGAGUGAGCCGGAACCUGACGGUAUCGACCCGACCACGAACGAACCCAAGUGGGACGACGACUACCAAUACGUGGCAAACGUCCUCGCGAACAUCACACAGCUGGAAGAAGGUCGCGCGUUUCUCCUGCGUCUUCGCACCAAGCAAGGACAGCCUGGCCAAGUACAAUCGCUGGUGCAUGUGCUGCUACCUCAAGUCCACUCAGCCAACGUGAUUCGCCGCCGCGGAAUUAUCCAAGCCCUACGCAACCUGUGCUUUGACAGCGACAAUCAUUUCUUUCUGUACGACACGCUGGACAUUGUAGUGCACUUGCAACGGCGCCUCGCGGGUCCAGAGCCGUUGGAGGACGCUGACAAAGUUGGCAUGUCCUCGUCCAUUUUGGCGGUCCUGGGGCCGAAAAAGAAGCGCGAGACCGACGCGCAAGUGCGCAAGGACAUCGUCGAGUGCUUGUUGCUGCUGUGUUCGUCCCGGAACGGCCGCAACAUUCUGCGGCAGAAGAAGGUCUACCCCAUCAUCCGCAAUGCCCACUUGGUGGAAGCUGACGAGGACGUGAGUGAGCAAAUUUACAAACUGGUCGACUUUUUGAUCCGCGACGAAGAAGGCGAAGAGCCCGACUGGAACGACAUCCGCGCCAAGUCGUUGGGCGCCGAUCCUGUGUUGCCGCCUCCUGUUGCAGCCAUCUCGACUCCGGCGGCGGCGGUCGAGGAAAAGCAAGUGGCCAGGACGAACACGGAUGUGCCGAAGAACGUGACAAAAUCGGUGGUGCAGGCCCCGGUAGUAGUAGUAGACUUGGUUGACGAAGACGUGGAGGACGCGAGAGCGGCUGCUAUUGCCAAAGAAAUCGCCAAUUUAGACGUGAGCACCGAUGAAGAAGACGACACGCCCCCUUUGAUCAACUAGAGUACAUGCAGAUUGAAGCUACUAAUGUUAUUGUACGCUGGACGGCUCAGAUGAUUCCGUA